AUGCUUCUCCUUGCGGCGUUUACAGUUCUUUCCUUCAUCGGGCCAUUUGCCAUCGCUUCGAGAGCUGGCUCAAUACAAGUAGAGUAUAAUAGAGAUCCACCAUCCGGAUGGACACUCUCUCGUCCCGCUGAUCCGGAUCACCGAUUCAGCAUAUCCAUCGCAGUCGAUAGAAGCAGGCAUGUGGAACGGGCCCUCUACAGUGUCUCCACGCCGGGACAUGAGCUAUACGGCAGGCACCUCUCUCGAGAGGAGGCACAAGCACUCCUCAACCCCGAUACAGAGUCACGGGACAUCAUUAUAAACUGGCUUCAAGAACACGGGAACGCAACAGCGGCAGAUAUAGAGAGCGAUGGUCAUUGGAUCAAAGUGCAGACAACGGCGAAGAAGGCGAAUAAUCUGCUCGACGCAGACUUUAUAUGGUUCCGAAACAUUGACAGCGGCAAGGAGGUGCUGCGGACGUUGCAAUAUUCUUUACCCUUGGAGUUGAAGAACAAGAUCUCGUUAAUUACCCCGUCGACGAGAUUCUGUUCUCACCCGAUGAUGCACCAAGGAUCGACUGUGGUUACGCCUCUUGCUGACGACACCCCCCGCGACGAGCUCCGGAAGGUGAAGAGGUCGUUGGCUGGGGUGAAUCCGAAACUUCUUUACGCGGCACAGGUAGAUAGGAUUACACCACCCGCACCGCAAGCACAAGCCGAUCCUACGUGUAACAGGACCAUUACACCUAACUGCAUACGAGCUCUGUACAAUGUUCCUGCCAAAAUGAAUGUCAGUCUGGCCCGCGGUCUUGGGAUCUACGCUUCGCAGAAUCAGGUUGCCAAAUUUGACGACUUUGCCCUGUUUGCCAAGAACGUCGAUCAACCGUCAACGGGAGUGAAGUUUUCUUUCCUUAGCAUCAAUAAUGGCACAACAGAUCAGGCCCAGAACAAGUUCUCAAACGCCGAACUCAACUUCGACGUUCAGUAUACGGCUUCACUGUCCAACCCGGUGCCCAACAUCGUCACCGCCGUGGCGGGAGAUGGACCGAUCAAGCUCGAACUAGGCGGUCAACCUGGGGACACGACGGAACCUUGGCUGAUCUGGUUAGACGCGAUGCUCAAGCUACCCGACGAAAAGCUUCCUCACACAAUCACUACUAGUUUCGGCGAGAACGAACAGUCACUUCCGGACGGCUAUGUUCAGCAAAUUUGCGAUCAGUUCGGUGCACUCGGUGCCCGGGGCGUUACGAUGUUUGCCGCGUCGGGUGACUCUGGAACGGGCAACACGUGUGUCACAAACGACGGUACCAACAGCACGCGGUUCAAUGCCGUCUUUCCGGCAUCAUGCCCCUUUGUCACAGGAGUUGGCGGGGUGAGGGGUAUCGCGCCUGAGCGGGCCAGCGACUUCUCGAGCGGUGGGUUCUCGGACAAGUUCGCCAGACCGGCAUACCAAGAGCAAGUUGUGCCGGCGUACUUGAAGAACACCAUUGGAACCCAAUUUAACGGCCUCUUCAACGCAUCAGGCCGAGGCUUCCCAGACGUUAGUGCCCAAAGCUUCAACCUCACAUUCGUGACGGGCGGCCAACUAGGUGGCUUCCAAGGUACCAGCGCCGCCGCUCCAAUCUGGGCAGGCAUGGUGGGCAUGGUCAACGCCGCUCUCAUCCAGGCGGGAAAGCCGCCAAUGGGAUUCAUCAAUCCAUGGCUAUAUGGCGCUGGGUUGCAAGCCAUCAACGACGUGUCUGCUGGGCAGUCCGUGGGCUGCACUGGCACAACUGGUUUUGGCACGCAAAAGUUCCCGCCUGAGUUCGGAGCCAAGCUCGUGCCGAACGCGGGUUGGCCCUCAGUGGCUGGCUGGGACGCUGUCACUGGGUUGGGGACUCCGGAUAUUGGCAAAAUGUUGGCGCUGAGAAUGUCAAUGUGA